UAAAGUGAUGGUGGUUCAUUCACACAGGUGUGUGCGACUCUUAGAAUCAUAACUUAAAUUUGACAAGCACCGGAUAACAUCUGAUGCGUGAGCCCAAAGUGAAGCCAACACGUUUGUCCUCUGGGAAGAAAUUACGGGACAUUGGAAAUCGGCUUCAAUAUGGCCUCUUGGCCAGACUGACCUGCAGAGCAAAUCCCUAAUUUGCUGAAAGAUCAUAUGGGUAAUUCCAGGCAAAUGGCUGUCAACAAACACCUGAAGAUUAGUGCUUUUUUAAUUGUAAUAAAAAACCUAAGAAAUACAAUGUACGAGAGUCUUAAUGUCUGUGGGCGGCUCUAAGGAGCACUGCUCUGCCACUCUGCUCAGCUUCAAGUCGUUAUAAAGAAGUGAUUUUAGCUACCACCUUUUUCCUAAAAACGCCAGCCUAUGUGCAGUGGCUGCACAAAAUAAGGAAGGAAGGAUUAUCGUGAGCAAAUGUUUUGGUACAACUGAAGCACUCCUCUUCAGGUGCUUGUUGACAGUGAUGUCAACGAACAGGAAACUUGUUUGCCGACUUCAAAUGGCGCUGUGGCAGGAAGACUCUUCCAGUAUGCUGGAAGAUGAGCUGACAUGCCCUGUCUGCUUGGACCUGUUCCGUGACCCCCACCAGCUGCCCUGCGGCCACAACUUCUGCUUGCCGUGCCUGCAGCGCCUUCGUGGGGGUGGUGGCGGAAGUAGCCUAAGAGGCUCCCUCUCUUCAUCCUCCACCUCGUUUCUGCGAGCCCGUAUCCGCUGCCCCGAGUGCCGCCAGCAGCAACGUGGCUCAGCCGGCAUCCAGCGCAACUUCAAGCUGGCCAACAUCGCCGACGGCUACCGGCAGAGGAGGGACCAGCACGGGGCGGCCGCCCAGCAGGGCGCGUGUGCAAGCACGAGCGGUGGCGGCGACGGCGGGGCCGUUUUUGACGCUGUCAGCAGGAGCGCACGGCCAGGGCGCGCCAGCACCCCAAUGUACUGCGACUUCUGCCCGCAGCCCUCAGAUGCCUGCGCCGGUGGCUCCCGGGACGUGUGCCCGUCAGAUGGCCCGAGCAGCGUCUUUGUGUCUUCCACCUCCUCCCCACUUUCCUCCUCUUCCUCCUCCCUCUCUCCCUCCUCCUCAUCCUCUUGCGCCACAGCUGGGCUAGCGGUCAAGAUGUGCCUGAAGUGCGAGGUCUCCAUGUGCGUGGAGCACCUGCGACCGCACCUGGAGCUGCCGGCCUUCCGCGGGCACACGCUGGUGGAGCCGCACGGCGACUUGCGCAUCCGCCGAUGCCCGCAGCACGAGGAGGCCUUCCGCUACUACUGCAUGGAGGAGCACGUGUGCUUGUGCAGCUCCUGCAUCAUCAUCGGCGAGCACAGCGGCCACACCAUCAAGACCCUCAAGGACGCCAUGAAGGACAUGAAGUUCUCGUUACAAAAGCAACUCCAAAGAGUGAGCAGAAAGAUUAGUAAAGUUGAAAAAACACUGCAGGACCACAAUGAUCAAGAACGGAAAAACAAGGCGUUCUUGGACGAUACGGACCAACGUGUGGCGAUGUUAGGGGACGUGUUGAGCGGGCAGGUGGCGGGGUUCUUGUCAGCUCUACGUGAGUGCACCUCGUCCCACUGCGGCAGCGCUACUACCGGUAGUGCCACCCAGUCUGAAGUGCAGCAGACCCGUGGACGCAUCGCUCGCGACCAGGAGUACCUACUGGGCGUCCAGCGUAACCUCCAGGGCCUGAUGGACGAGAGUGACUCUUUCACCUUCCUCAAGGUGUGUGAGUGUGAGUAUCACACAACUGGGAAAAGGAUGCGGCGUCUCUUGAGGAGGCCGCUGUACACCCCGGACUUCUGCGGUGUGGACACAGAAGCACUCGCCAUGAGCAUGGAGAACAAGAUGGAGGACUUUCUGGUGUCCCUGCGGCAACACGGCAGUAACUUCAUCGACACCGUCUGUACAAUGCAUGAAGAGGAACAGGGGGAAGACUACCACAGUGAGAAUGACAAUGAAGACGAAGACAGUGAGGAUGAUCAUGAAGAGCAGAACAUCAGCGAUGAGGAAGAUGAUGAGUCCAGUACAGAGGAAGAGGAGGAGGAGGAAGAUGAUGGAAACCACAGUGGAUCAAUUGAUGGCUCCUACAGCCCAGAGGAAGAGGAAGAAGAAGAGGAGGAGGAUAACGUCGAUGAGGAAGAGUUUGCUGAGAAUGGGCCCCAGGAUAGGCAGUCGAUGCUCCAGAGCUUCCUUGUGAUGCCGAAAAAACUCAGUACAGUGGACUAUGGGAAGGACAAAAAAACUUUGAUCUGAUUCUCUAGAUGUUUCCUGCAAAUCCACUGGAAGAGGGAAGUUUUACAAUUUCAACAUCACCGAAACCUCAUUUUAUUUGUAAAACUUACUUCCAAUUCAACCAUGCUUAGUUUAAUUCACAAUAUUAAGUGGCACAUGUUCUCGAGUAUUAGUGUAUAUAUGAUAAUGUAAAUAAUGAGAGUUUAUAUUAUUCUACAUUCUAUGGACUCAUUUUCUAACCUCCAAUGAUGACAGUACUCUCCCACACUUGAUUGGUUCCUUCCUUGAGGAUUAGUUUCACCUUUUGCCCUUUACUGCAAAGUACUGUAAACACUGAAGUAGUUUUCAUCAUCCACAACAUACCUCUGAGGGCUCUGUUUAGACGACAUAACAACAAAUGUAUGCUGAUUUAGAAAACUCAGUUAGCAAUGCAGUAUGAGACACUCAUGUUACUGUUUUUAAACACAUCCUGAAAUCUAACUAUUAUAAAUUAGUCAAAACCUCUCAAAGCACUUAUCGAGUUAACAAGGCCAGUUAGAGCCUACAGUAUAUCAGUUGACAAAUUAAAAAAAAACUUUUGUCAAGACACGUUUGUGUCAAUUCUGUUGACUCACAUUAGGUGUCACUUCUAGUUCAGGCUGGCCAGUGCAAAGUUUGUAAUAUUUCUGUGUGUUGAUAAUACAGUAAGGGUUUCUCUCAAUGAGGAUGUCUCCUUCUCUCUUUUUCUUCACCUAAAGAAGCAAUUAAUACAAGAGCAAGUUACUGUAAACAGAUAAAACUGGUGCAUAAAUAUUACUGUUAUGACAACAAAGCUAACAGUUAACAAACUAUGUUCUCUUUCAGUUGAGUUCAUGUGACAUUAACCAAUGGGAAGUUCAUCCCCAAUGAGGUCAUCGAUCUGAACCAAUCUCCAAUCACCCAUCAAGGGGAAUACUUUUUUGCAUGCCUUACACUGUAAGACAUAAGGUAGUGUCUACAAAAUAUGUGUUCUCUUUUUAUUCUUCAGUGCCUUGAGCUAUCGAAUCAGCAAAAAAUGAAAGCUUCCUCCAACCUGCUUGCAACUACAACCCUCACAACACACUGGACAAGAGUCCCUCCCAGAGCUUUGCAGCGGCAAACCACCCAUCACACUUAAUAAGCUUAACGAAUAGCCUUUUGAAAGCUGGCAAACACAUUAAAUUCAACAAAGAUGGCGUCGCAUAUGCUGUUACCAUGUCCACUCUUCUCGUGACAGACUGUGGCGUGCAUGCCCAUGGGGAGGGUGAGCCGCAGACGUGUCAUCCUCAGAUGCCUCUCUCCACGGCUGGGGCGUCUAGCAGCCAGCAGUGUGUGGACGAGCACACAUAAGCACCUCCACAUCAAAUGUACUGGAGCUAUACACAGGGUGUGUUCGAAACGGGUAAAGUUGCUGCCUUUUAAGAUAUCUAACUGGGGAGCAAGGCAGCA